AAAGAAUGUGUGUGUUAUAUAACUGAGGUGAUAUUGUAGAUGGAUUUCAUUUUAAACUACUGGUAUGCAGUACUCCAUUUACAGAACUGAGAAAAAAAGUGUUUGACGAAGGAUUGUUGGACAAGAAGGCAAGAUGACAACAGUGAGAAGAAUUCUUAAUUCGGAUACUAUAUUUGACAUGACGUCAAACAUCUGAACAUUUGACCAGCUUAACCAAUCAAAACAAUGGCAAAGCACAUGAAAAUACGACACUGGGAUAAAAUAUAAGCAAAGUUUUUAAAAUGAAUCUGUCCCAUACUACAUAUAUCAUGUUUCCCGUAAAUACAAGUGGACUGUUUAAAAACUUUAACGACUUUACUGAAGACAAUACUUCCACGUGGAUCGACCUCCAUGAAACUUUACUCAACCAAUCCAACUUUGUAACGUACUCGACAGAAAUGCCGAUAUUUCACCAAAACGAGGAGAUUUUUGCUUCCAAGGGUGCCGUGAGGAAGUUCCUGUUUGUGUUUGGCAUGAUUCUCAUUCCGACGUUCUCUCUGUUCGGUUCCAUUGGUAAUCUCGUCAGCAUCGUGGUGCUGGUUCACCACCGGAUGCGCAACACGACCAACUACUGCCUUGCUGCUCUCGCCCUCUCUGACCUCCUUUUCCUCAUACACAGUCUCUGGUUCGCCAUCAUCAACAUCUACAAGUCGCGUGACCCGAUAAGGGGAGACAACCUACGUGUGUUGACCUACCCCGUCCUUGGUGCCUACGGCAGCGUGGUGACGGCACGGAUCACGUCCUGGCUGACAAGCAUGCUCAGCGUGGACCGCUUCAUAGCCGUGUACUGCCCCAUGAAGGCGAAGACGAUCUGCAGCAAGAGACUGACGUGCGUCGCCAUCUUCGUCAUCUACACCAUCACCGCCGUGACGUUCAUACCGCUUGCACUCAAGUACACAACAUACAAACAGGCGACGAUAAACAAUCAGACCUACGGUAUUCUCAAGCUGACGAAGACGGCACUGGGCAGGGACAAACAGUUCCUCACCAUCUACGGGAUCUUCCUCAACAUCUUCUUCCGCUUCCUGCCGUGCAUCGUGCUCAUCAUCUUGAACAUCCUCAUCAUGACGGCGAUCCGCAAGACGUGGAAUCUGCGCCGCAUCAUGAGCAAGAGCAGCAGCAGCAGCGGCAGGCAGUACGAACAGAACCGCAUCACGGUCAUGCUCCUCAUCGUCACAUUCGUGUUUGUUCUCUGUAUCCUGCCCGGUGCGAUUAACAUCACAUGCUCACAGAUCUGGCAGGAGUAUUCCAGACUCGGUAGGAACCGAAACCUCUACCUGUGCAUCUCCAACGUAACCUAUUUUCUUGAGACUGUGAAUUCCUCGAUUAACUUCAUCAUUUACAUGGCUUUCAGUGCCAAGUUCUGCAAGACGUACAAGGAGAUCUUCUGCUGUGUGCCUGCGUCCCAACUUCACCGAACUUCCACAAGGGAGGUAAUCCGCUUUUCUCGCAGACCCCGAGAUUCGUCGUCUAGCAUGACGAGCUUCCGCGACUACAAAGUCUCCUUUGUUAGAGAGGCACAAAGGGGGAUAACUGAGGGAGUGGAGUGUGUUCAGAACAGCAGACAUUUGAAAGCGAGGUUUGACGUUGAACAGAUCAAGUUGCUCUGCUACAACAGAGGGAAGAAAAUGUCUGACAAUGAUCUGGAGAGUAACCAGUACAGCUGAUUGAGAGAUCCACAGAUUUUGGGAUUCAUUCCAGGCCUUGUGCUUACUAAACGUUUCAAGUCUGGACUCAUGCUUCGGCUUUUAUAAAGCCAGUAAGCUUUCAACGUCCUCAGAGUGCCAUACAAGUUGUGUUCAACAGUGCAGACUUCAAAGUGAAUGGAUGGAUAAAUUAAUUAAUUAAUGGAUGGAUACAUGGAUGAAAGUAUGUAUGAAAGUAUGUAUGAAUGGAUGGAUGGAUGGAUGGAUGGAUGGAUGGAUGGAUGGA